AUGCUCUCCGCCCCGCUACGCCCAAGGCUGGCAGGCGAUGUUUCUGUCUUUUCGAGGCAUGGCCUCGAGACGGGCAGCGGGUGGGGGAUGGCAUGGCCACCAAACACCGAUUGCCCAGGGUCGGCAGAUGGAACGCGACCCUUGGUGGCGCCCCCCAGUGAUGUGGAGCGUGGCGGGGCCUGGCUGGCCAGCUCCUUGAGAUCAGGCAGCCCUCUGUCUUCGCCUGUCACUGUCGGCCGUGGAAGGCUGCACGGGGCUGCUGCUGCAUGGCAGGCAGCGGCCUCUGCAGCCGAUUGCACCUCGUUCUCCUCUCCAGUGGGCCUCCGCCACAUGCCGAUCGACUUCGGGUAG